AUGAAAUCACAUAAUUUGGACCUAAUAAAAAACCAAAAUUUUGAUAAAAAUCAUAAUUUUAUAAAUUAUAGUGAACUGUAUAAAAAAUAUAAAGAAAAAUAUAAUGUUAAAUCAUUCAAUAAAUUACCAGUAAGUACUUAUACAUAUCCAAGAUAUUCCAAAAUAACUAAUUUUGAUGAAUUAAAAACAGAGUUAAUAUAUGAAAAAGAAAUUAAUGAAAUUGAAGAAGAAUAUGAUGACGACGAUGAACAAAAUAAUAUAAAUAAUUAUGAUGGAAAUAUUGAAAUAUUAUUUCCUAUGAUAAACGAAAAAGAAAAUGAAGAUAUAAAAAAAAAAAAAACAGAUAAUAUUUAUAAAAGUGAAAAAAAGUCCUUAAGACAAAGAAUAUAUGAUGGAGAAGUAAUGUUUUAUGAAGAUUAUAUAGAACAAUUAGCUGUUAAAGAUUAUGAACAUUUUUUUAAAAAACCUUAUGAAAUUAAAAGGAAAGAUGAAGGUGGGAAAAAUUAUUUUUAUGGAAAAAAAUUGGAAAUGAAUAAAGAAGAAGAUAUUUAUCGUAAGUUUUACGGUUUUGACGAUGCAUAUUUUUUAAACAAACUUCAAUUAAAAAAUAAAUCCCCUCAAAAAGAAAAAAAUAAAGAAGAAAAACAAAAAAAAAGGAAUGAAGAAAAAAUAUUAGAAAGACAAUGUGGAAAAAAACUAAGUUAUGAAGAUAAAAAAUUUAUAUUAAAUAUUAUAGAAGAAAAUCAAUUACAAGAUAAUAGUAUAUAUAAAUAUUAUAUGCAAAAUAAAUGUAUAUUUGAUAAAAAUUUACCAGAAUUUAAAAAGAAAGAAUUGUUAUGUGGUUAUAUACCUGAUAUUAUUUUACCAGCUAAUGUAAGAAAAGUUAAACAUCCUAAAAAUUGUGGAGUCCCAUUAAGUAGUUUACAUAUAUAUGCUCAGUUUAUACAUGAGUUAUUUAAAUGCCCAUAUAUUUAUAAUGCCAUAGAUGUUGAAUUAGGCAAAUAUUGGAAAACAAAUGAAAAUGAAUUACUAAAUAUUAUGAAAUCAGAAAAAAUUAAAAAGGGAUAUAAAAAAGAUAUAUACACAGCAACAAAGGAACAAUUAGAAAAGUCUAGUGCAAAAUUGAAAAAUUUAUUAAAAAAUGAUGAAGUUUCAGAUGAUACAAGAAAGAAGUUUACUAUAAAUUUUAAAAUGCCAAAGAAGGAAAAAACAAAUUUAGUUGUAUCUAAAGGUAGGUACAUCAUAUAA